GCAGCACAAUCUCUUUCACGCAAACCCCUCACGCCCGACGGUCCUAACCCCAUGUCCGCACCUUCACCGGCUGUGGAGUCCGUCCAGUGCUUUGGACGCAAGAAAACGGCGGUGGCCGUCACCUACUGCAAGCGCGGCAAAGGACUGAUCAAGAUCAAUGGCUGCCCCAUCGAGCUUGUGGAGCCCGAGAUCCUACGAUUCAAGGCCGUUGAGCCAAUCCUACUCCUCGGACGUCACCGCUUCAACGGAGUGGACAUGAGGAUUCGCGUCAAAGGUGGAGGGCACACCUCACAGAUCUACGCGAUCAGGCAGAGCAUCGCCAAGGCUCUCGUCGCCUACUGCCAAAAGUUUGUGGAUGAGCAGCAGAAGAAGGAGAUUAAAGACAUCUUGGUGAGGUACGAUAGGACUCUGCUCGUUGCCGAUCCGAGGCGGUGCGAGCCCAAGAAGUUCGGUGGUCGUGGCGCCAGAGCUAGGUUCCAGAAGUCUUACCGUUGAAGUAUCAGAAAGAAGAAUGUUCUUCUUAUGGUGGUUUUGUCUCAUUUUUUUAGCCCUUUUAAUAUUCAACUGCAUUUCCUUAUAUUAUUCGCAGUUAUUGGAUGCUACAAAUGUUUUGAUUCUAAUUUUCCAAAGCAAUUUUGUUUUAUCUUGCUCAAGUAAGACCAACUCUUUAAUUGAUUGUGUUCUUUUACUUUAUGCAUUAAUGGGGUUUCAGACUAAAUUCUGCUUGAUGAUCAUAACAAGUAGCCUUUGUAUUCAGAAAUUUGGAUUUGGUUCUGGAUGGUAGUUGUUCUUGUUAGGAUUUGUUUUAUACACAUAUGCUUUAGCUAAAUGUGCACUUUAGAAGAAUCUAGUUCCGCAAAAUGAUGACUGUUUUAGUUGUUUUUGGCUGUUAAAACUGGCUCAAUUGUUUGUGAAUUCCUGCUUGAAGCCUACACUCUGUUUGAUGACAACUGGGCCAAAUGCAUGUGAUUGAUGGGUAUUGAAAUUCAUUGGUUUAAUGCCCAAUUUGGUCCCUAAACUUUCAUUUUUAAACUUAGUUCAUCCUUUAACUUCAAAAAGACCCAAAUCGUCCCUAAACUUUAUUUUUUCAGUACUGCAUCCUUGGCACUUUAAAUCUCUACCAAUUAUCUUUUUUAAUUUUCAUAAGCUUACGUAGGAAAAACAC